AUGGGCGCCGCCAUCUCGCACAUCCGCGACGGCGUGUCGCUGGCCGCCGCGAGCCUGCACACGCUGUCGUCGCUGCACGCCAGCUACCAGCAACUGCUGCGCCGCGCGUCGCGCCCGCCGGGGCUGCCGGUUGCGUCCCCGACGGCAUCGUACUGGCUCGACGACCCGCCCUUUGCCGGGCUGCCGGACAUCCAGGGCGCGCUGCCAGCCGAGGCGGACGUGGUCCUUGUCGGCAGCGGCAUCGCGGCGGCGGCGACGGCAAAGGCGCUGCUCGACCUCGACGACCGCGAGCCGCCGCUGUCCGUCGUCGUCAUCGAGGCGAGGCAGCUGUGCGGCGGCGCGACGGGCCGCAACGGCGGACACGUCAAGGUGACGCCGCACCACGAGUUUGCGCGCCUCAGGAAGCGCCUGGGGCCCGAGAGGGCGCGCGUGCUGGUCCGCUUUCAGCUCAUGCACCUGCCUGUCUUGCUCGGGCUCGGCGACGCCCACCCACUCGGCGAGGUUAGGGAGGUGCAGACGUCGGAUCUGUACACCGACAGCAGCGACUUUGAGGGGGCGGCGAGGGAUGUUGAGGCCAUGAGGGAGUGGAUGCCCGAGGUUGAGGUCGAGGUGCUCGAGGGGGACGAAGCUAGGGAAAAGAUCGGAGUCAAUGGCCAGGUCGUGGGAGCCAUUUCGUACAAGGCCGGGGUACUUUGGCCAUACCGUCUCGUCACGUCCGUGUGGAACGGGCUGCUCAAACAGUACCCAAAUCUAGCCAUUCGCACACACACGCCCGUCGAAGCCAUCGUGGUGGACAAAUCGUCGCCGCAUCCCUACCGCCUCCACCACGGGAGCGGCGUCGUCGCAGCCCGCCACGUCGUCCACGCAACCAACGGCUUCGCAGCACACCUGGUCCCCUCGCUGCGCGGCCGCCUUACCGGCGUGCUCGGCCACAUGACGGCCCAGCGACCGGGCGUCGCCUUCCCCGCGUCGCACGGCCGCCGCUCCUGGUCCGUCCUGUACCCGGGCGGCUUCGAGUAUGCGGCGCAGCGCAAGGACCAGGGGCUGGACCAGCUGGGCGUGUGGGACGACGGGCGACUCGAUGCCUUGCCGCUGAUGCACCUCCGCGGCAGCAUGCAGACUGUCUUUGAGCCGCGGUGGGGGGACGGCGGCGGGUUGGUCAAGGCGUGGACGGGCAUCAUGGGCUUCACGGGCGACACGCUGCCGCUGGUGGGCCGCCUUCCCGAGGACGAUGCCCCGCCGGCCGGGCGCGCGCGACGAGGCGAGUCGCGCCCGGGGCAGUGGAUCGCGGCGGGCUUCAACGGCGAGGGCAUGGAGCGGGACCUGGCGCCCGGGGACGGCAGGCCCGGCGGCAGGCUGGCCGAGUGGUUCCCCGUGGCGGAGCUGGCGGUGGACGAGGCGCGGCUGAGGAGGGCCGAGUUGAGGAAUCUGCUGAACGACGUUAUGUGA